UCAGGACUGUCCAUAAUUGUAAAGGGUGCCUCAGGACUGUCCAUAAUUUUAAAGGGUGCCUCAGGACUGUCCAUAAUCUUAAAGGGUGCCUACAGACUGUCCAUAAUUUUAAAGUGUGCCUCCAGACUAUCCAUAAUUUUAAAGGGGUGCCUCCAGACUGUCCAUAAUUUUAAAGGGUGCCUCGCGACUGUCCACUGUCCAUAAUUUUAAAGGGUGCCUCACGACUGUCCAUAAUUUUAAAGGGUGCCACAGAACUGUUCAUAAUUUUAAAGGGUGCCUCAACAAUAUCCAUAAUUUUUAAAGGGUGCCUCAAGACUGUCCAUAAUUGUUAAAGGGUUCCUCAGGACUGUUCAUAAUUUUAAAGGGUGCCUCAGGACUGUCCAUAAUUUUAAAGGGUGCCUCAAGACUGUCCAUACUUUUAAAGGGUGCCUCAAGACUGUCCAUAAUUUUAAAGGGUGCCUCAGGACUGUCCAU